AUGGCUAUGGCUGAUAGAAGACCCCUCGGUCUUCCUGUGAGUUCAACUCAUGCUUCACCCGCAUUCAAUGCUGCUACUUUGGCUACUGAACAUGUAGUAAAGCUGCCCGCAGCCAACGUUCCCUCUUCUCAAGCCAUGGAUGCUGAUCUUGAGCCCGAGAUUGGCUCACCAACAUUUCGCAUGUCCAACAAUACCUCCGAGUCACAAAGCCCAAGUGAUUUAUCUCCAACUCUGCGUAGUAUCUCACCCGAUUCUUUGAUGAACUCUGGUGUCUUGCCCAAAAAAAUGGAAUCUAGCUAUAGUUCUCGAGACUCAACCCCUCCAACUCUAGGCUCUGGUUUCAGUAGACCAACAUUUGGUGAUUCUCUUGCUGUGAAGAAAAAUAAGCCAGCUUCAAGAGUCCCAAUUGCUACUGGAAUUUCUACUACGAUCCCUGUCACCGGCGAGAAGCCGAAGCCGGAACAAGAAGGCGACUCUUCAUUGGAAGAUGAUGUCUUGUUCGCUAUCUUCUUGAUUUUGUACGAAAAAGAUCCAGAGGGCGCCGGUAUGACCGUAAAGCAAAUUUGUGAUGUUCUCAUCGAAAGACACCCUGAUAUGGCACAGUUAUCGAGUAAGACUUCUAAUUUGGUUAGCGCAAAGCUCAAUGCCUAUGUCAAACGUGUCGAGAAAGGUGAUUCUAACUUAAAAUAUGCAUUGUCUCGAGAAUGGGCAGAUGCUUCGCCCAAAAGAAUGGUGUAUGUCUACAGAGGUCUCUUAACUCAAGAUUUCCACGUCCACGUAAAGCAAGCAAUGGAACUGCAAAAACUGCAACUUGGUUCUUUGCGUUUCGUGAAUGGACAAGAGAACAUUCCUGCUGACCCAUUGGAGGCAGCAAAACAAUCUGCUUUGCAAAAACCAAGACGCCUGACUAUGUACGAUCUUGGUCUGGCCAAAUUCGCCUUCUCAGAGACCCCUGAACGAGCCAAUUGGUUUGUUCCUUACCUCUCUGCUCCAGUUGCUGCAAAUUUGACUUCACGCGCUUCAGACGAUGUAGUUGAUCUCAACAAACCAAUCUCGGCGUUCGGGGAAGAAACUCCAGUGCUCAAAGAGAAGAUCUUCAACAAUGACUCAGAUUUUGAGCUCGAUGAUUUAGAGGUUUUUAACGACACUGAUGAUGAUCGCGAGACAGACAUUUUAACAGAGACUUUGAAGAAAAGCGGAAAACGCUCAAAGUCCAUGUCCUGUUUGCAACUUAACAAAAAACACCGUUUUGUGACGGCAGCUGCAGCUGCUCCAAGAGCACCAAAGACACCAUGUCCGCAUAGUGCCAACGCGGCAGCAGCUGCAGAUGCUCUACAUGCUGCGGCACUUGAGGCCAUCUCUUCUAGUAGACAUGGCUCUUUUUCGUAUGCUAGCUCUGGCUCAUCUGAGUCUCAAAAAUCUAACUGGGAGCUGGCUGUGCGUCUGGGAUUUAUGAGUAAAGUCAUAGAAGCUCCAGAGGAUCUCAGCCUCUCUGAUUUGGAUAAGCUCUUUGGAUGA